GAUGAGGGGCCGACGGGGGCCGAGGGCACAUGGUGGUGUUUGUGGUUCCUGUUGCUUCUCAGCUGGAUUCCCCAGAACAGCAGCCACCUGGGAGGUGGGGAGGUUACAGCCACGUCUGCGCCGCGUGGUGGAAAAACGACUUGGACGUGAGUCUGAAUAGGAGCAGAAUCUGUGUACACUGUGGUGAUGACAUCUCUGAGGAAAUGUUUGAUGGCAGCGAUCCUAUCAGCUGAAGCCAGAAGCAGCAGCUCAUCAUGUCCAUCAUCAACCUGUUAUCUGAUGGGCCAGAGCUGCAUGAGGUUCCGAUGGGCUGACGGUAUCAGGCUGGAUGCUGCUCCCUGUGGUCCAGGCUUCGUUCUGGUGCGUGUUUACUAAAUGGAUUCCUGGAACUUAAGCUGGGUUUGUGCCCUGACUUUGCUUUUUCAGAGCGUCUGUGUGUUUGUUGUUGGGUUUAUGCUUUUAGGUGAAGUCUGUUACAGUACGUGUGUGGACCGGUGAGUCCAAACAUUUCAUCUGGUGUAGCUUCGGGCCCUUCUACUACUUGAUACUUUCCUCUUCUUCAUGUUUUUUGAACCUCCUCAGAAGCUGAUCUGCCUGGAAUGAAAACAGGAAAAGGUCAGAUCUCUCUGUGGAGAUCAGAUGCUGGGACCCAAGGGGCCGCAUUCACUUCCCAGUGGACCAAACAGCACUCAAUAAAGCUGAGCAAAGAGGAAACAGCAGCCGAUGGAGCAGUUCACGCUGAGCCUGGACUCCCUCCAACAGCUUUGGGUCAUGAUCCUCUUAGAGCAGCCGGUUCCUCUCCGGUUCCAGAACAGAACGAUGCAGACGCGCUUUUCAACCUUGACUGCUGUGAUCCGUGGACCUGUGGUCACAUCCAGGCAGUCUGAUACCUGAGCUCACGACCGACCUCGGCCGGUCCGUCCGGAUCCUGGCCGUGAGGUGGAGUUAGAGGCUGGUUCUGUGGGUUCGGCCCCUCCCCGGAGGCUCCCGUCUAUAAAAGCGGAGAGCUGCAGGCGGAGCAGCAGCGGAUGAGACGGACGAGGACGCACGGGGACAUCCAGGAUCCAGUUAUGAGAGAAGCAGCGCUCCCGCACGGACGAUCCGCUCCAGAGGUGGGUUGGACCGGUGAGGUUCGUCCCGCUGCUCGCUGCGACGUAUGGAAACACGGCCAUGGCUGCGUUUAGGCUCCUGGACCUGGACCAGAACCACAUGCACCACGGUGCAGACUGAGGACCUUCUCAGGCCCAGAACCGAGCAGUGAUGCUGGCGAUGCAGCACUACAACUGGUCAGCAGGCAGCGCCGCCUCCUCUCCCCUCUCUAACCACAGCACCAUGGUGCAGGCUGUGGGGAACGGCACCGCGGGCCCAAGGAGGAACCCCACGGCGGCGGGCCUCACCAUGACUCUGGGCAUUCUGUUCAACGUGGUGGCGCUCGCCAUCCUGGCCAAGGCGUACAACCGCUUCCGUCGGCGCUCCAAAGCCACGUUCCUGCUUCUUGCCAGCUCGCUGGUGGCCACCGACCUGGCCGGACACGUCAUCAACGGGGCCCUGGUGCUGAGGAGGUACUCCACCAGCAUCAGACCCACCGACGCCUCCAGCUUGGCGGGCGAUCCCGAUCCGUCCUGCAGGUUCCUGGGAGGCUGCAUGGUGUUCUUCGGCCUGUGCCCCCUCUUCCUGGGCUCUGCCAUGGCUGCUGAGCGCUGCCUGGGGGUCACCAGGCCUCUGCUCCACGCUCGUCUGGUGACCACAGCACGGACGAAGGUGGCGCUGAGCCUGGUGGGGUUUCUGGCUUUAUGUGUGGCCGUCCUUCCCUCCUUCAGCGUGGGUGCAUACGCCUACCAGUACCCGGGGACCUGGUGCUUCAUCAGGGUGAUGGAGGACACCAAGGCCACAGACCUGGCCUUCGUGGGGCUGUUUUCUGGCCUGGCUCUGAGCUCUCUGGCCUCGGCCUUUGUGUGCAACACCAUCAGCGGCAUCACGCUGGUGAGGGCCCGGCUGAGGAAGAGCUCCUGCUCCCAGCGCCGCUUGGCCAGGUCCCAUGACACCGAGAUGGUGGUGCAGCUGGUUGGCAUCAUGGUGACGUCCUGCAUCUGCUGGAGCCCCCUGCUGAUCUUUGGUCUGAUGGCGGCGCAGCGCUCCUACAGCGGCUCCCUGAGCAGCGACAGAGACACUUACAGGCGGCUGAUGAUGACGGGUGUCAGGAUGGCAACCUGCAACCAGAUCCUGGACCCGUGGGUCUACAUCCUGCUGCGGCGCGCCGUCCUCAGGAAGAUCUACCGCAUCACAAAGAAGCAGGCCAGUUUUAAGGGAAACACCUUCCGCUCCACCCGCUGGGACGUGGGCUCCUUUCAGAGCUCAGAGAAAAACUCCACUAAGAAGACCUGAGGACCAAGGAGGAGCUCUGAGGAUCCAGCUGGCGGCAUUUGAGCCUGAGCAGUGUUCAGAGGGCUCCACCGGUCCCUGACUGGCAGAGGACGGCCUCUGAUUGGCAGAACCGGGUUGCACUACAAGGAGAAGGAGAAGGCCGAGCCCGCUCCAACCCGGUGAAUUUCCCCUUUAAGCAGCUUUGGAGAUCACACUGUCAUUGUAGGGGCAGACCGGAUGACGAGCAGUUCGCCGUGUUGUAGCUUCUGAAGUCGUGGGGCGUUUGGAGAUUAUGAAAAAAGACCCCAGGCCUUCACUCGGGCCACGCUGUGAACUGACAACAUCCUGCACAUACAUCUGCUCUGAGACCAGAUGUACAUUGAUGAUGUGUUUAGUUCCAAGGCAAAUAUCUCAGCUGUUUACUCUCUGGUUGUUUUGUUCUCAAUUUAAAGUCAAAGACGUGAGAGAAGAGAAGUGUGUGCUUGAAGAUGUGAACAACCACAUAUGUUGGUGAUAUCACUGUGUCUCUGUGAAUGUAGGUACAGUAAAGAAACGGGACGGAAGUCAAACUUUCCUGCAAAAGCUAUUUGAAUGUAAUGUUGUCAAUAAAGGAGAAAAAGUUAUCUGUUUAA